GCAAGAUCACAAGAGUUCUGUCAUGGCUGUGGAUUGGAAUCGCAAUGGUAAUUGGUUGCUGACAGCCGGCAGGGAUCACCUUGUGAAACUAUACGAUAUUCGAACCAUGAAAGAAAUGUACUCAUACAAGGGUCAUAAAAAGGAAGUCACAGCUGUUGCUUGGCAUCCCAUACAUGAAGGAUUGUUUGUGUCUGGAGGAGGAGAUGGCUCUAUUGCAUAUUGGUUAGUAGAAAAUGAGAAGGAAGUAGCUUUCUUGGAGCAUGCGCACGAUCAAGCGGUCUGGGCAAUGAAAUUCCAUCCAAUGGGACAUAUUUUAGCUACAGGAUCUAAUGACAAUAAUACAAAGUUUUGGGCUCGUAAUAGACCUGGUGACACACAAGAGGAUAUAUUUGGCCUAGCUUCUUUCACCACAAACAUGGUUGGCGCAUUGGAUAAAGAACGUGAGCCGAAGAGCGCUGCAGUACGCCUUGAGGAUGAAUAUAUGGCUCCUGUCAUUCCUGGAAUGGGUCUUGACGAUGAGGUUGUGGAGAAAAUGAAUCGAGAUAUAACCUCAAACCCAGCUACGGCACAUCACACCAUGCUUCUCAUGCCAGAAGAUUUGAAUGCCCGACAUCAGGCUACGAAAAAGACCUUGAUCAAGCAACCACCACCGAAGAAAGCUCAGCGCCAGUUUGAGCGCAUGUGGAAUGUAUCCAAGCCGGGAGGAUCAGGAUUUGACGAUUAUGAUGAAGAAGCUGAAGAGGAGUACUUUCAACAGCAACAACAACAAAGGCCUCGUCAGGGUUUGCUUGGUCAAGCUCCACCUCCAAUGACUAUGCUUGCACAGACUGUCAAAGCGCAAUCGGCAGCUGCAAUGGCCGCUGGCUUUGCUGGAGGAUUCGCAGGUGCUCAGAAGCUAGGUCUUUUACCACCUGGAAUGCCACCUGGAUGGAAACCAGGUUCGACGCCAUCCAGUGGCCCUACAAGCCCCGAUGAAAAGUCUGGUCCAUCGAAAGCUAGUCCCGGUCAGCAACCUCAAAAUGAACCAGGACGACCUCCAAUGCCUUCUCAUCGACCUCCACUGCUUGCGAAUGCUCCAGUCCCUCCGAACUCAGGUCCAUCACAACCUUCUCAGGGAGGACAGAAUCUGCCUGGUGGUCCUCCAUCUAGAAAUCCAUUGCCAAUGCCUCCACAACGACUACCGUAUCCUCAGCUGCCUCCUAGUGUGUUUUGCUCUAAUUUCCUAUUUUUCGCAAAAACCUUGCCAAAUAUUCCUGCAAUGUUUUUUGAGAACGCAGCUACAACU